AUGCUGCUGGACCCGCCACCAUACCUCGCAGCGUUGCAGAACAACAUCCGGCUGCGGCUGAUCCCGUGGGACGGCGCCGUGCGCGCGGGCACUCUCACCGACGACCAGCUCUCCCGUAUCCGCGCCGUCGAGAAAACGAAGAAGGACGCCCGCCAGCAGACUGUCGAAGCCGACCUGGAUGGCUACCGCGCCCUGUUUGUAGGGGAUUCCGGGAAAAAGAGCGUGCUCGAGUCGGCCGCGAAGCGUCAGGAUGUGGUGCAGAAUGUGCUUGUGCUCUUGAGUGAUCUACUUGACCACGUACCAGCGCUCUCCAAAGCCAUCAUCGCCUCGGGCGACCCGUACCGACACUUCCUCCCGCUGCUCGCACACUCGUCCAACCCGGAAGACCCCGUCCCCUUACUGACCUCGACCGUGCUCGUCAAGCUGCUCGCCAGCUCGCGCGACGAGUCCCCCGCCACCAUCGCCAAGGCCCUCCCCGUCCUCUUCAGCUACCUCUCCACCCUCACCAAGAGCUCCGACGCCGGCCGCCAGGACAUUGGCGUGCAAGAGUACUCGUCCCUGCUGUACGGCCGCGCGUCAAGACAGCAGUUCUGGAAGCAGCGCAGCGAAACCGUCGCCCCGCUAAUCGAGAUCCUCCAAGCCGCCGCUGGCGUCAAGAAUGGUGAUGCCUCGGCGACCCUGUGGAGUGGCGCUACGGGAUCGGCUGCUGGGGCUAGCAGCAGCGCCAAUGCGAGCACCAGCGGCGGUGGAAGCAGCUUGGGACCUUCGCUGGGAGGGGGUGUAGGCCUGCAGCUUCUGUACAAGGUGCUCCUAGCGGUCUGGCAGCUCAGCUUUGAGUCUGCUGAUAUCGGGGACGAUCUCAACGAUGAACACGACAUCAUCGUCCUCUACACCCAACUCCUGCGCCUCUCCCCCAAAGAAAAAACCACCCGCCUCCUCAUCUCCACCCUCCUCAACCUCCUCACCCACAACCAAACCACCCUCCUCCCAACCGCCGUGCUCGCCCGCCUCCCCGCCCUCCUGCAAAACCUCAAAUCCCGCCAGUUCGCCGACCCGGACCUGCGCGAGGACGCCGACCAGCUGCGCGAGCUGCUCGACGAGUACACCAAGACCAAGACCACCUUUGACGAGUACGUCGGUGAGCUCAACUCGGGCCACCUGCGCUGGUCGCCGCCGCACCGCAAUACCGUGUUCUGGGCUGAGAACGCGCGCAAGAUUCUGGAUCAUGAGAAUGGCGCGCUAGUGCGUCGGCUGGCGGAGAUCAUGAAGAAGCCGUGGGAUAAUGAUAAGGCCGUGCUUGCUAUUGCGUGCAAUGAUAUUGGGUUUUUGGUUCGCGAGGUGCCGGAGAAGAGGAGCCAGCUCGAGCGGUUGGGGCUUAAGACGAGAGUUAUGGAGCUUAUGGCUGAGGCGGAUGAGAAUGUGCGUUGGGAAAGCUUGCGCGCCCUCGGUGGGUGGUUGCAGUAUAGUUUUGACACUAAGUAA